AUGAAUCUCGGACAUAAACAGAAACUCUGUUUCUGUUUCUGAUCUUUGUCGGCACACAAGAAAGAAUGAGGGAAGAAGAGAGCCCUAAUUCCUCCAUGUGCAUACUUCCCGAGCUACUGGAAGAAAUAUUCAUACGACUACCAUUGAAAUCGAUAAUCAGAUUCAGAACCGUAUCAAAACAUUGUAGAUCAUUCCUGGAGUCGAGGAGGUUCUCAGAGAAACGUAUGGUUCUUCAAAAGAAUCAUCGGAGGAUCCUCGCUGCAUACAAUUGCGACUGCGGCGAUCGUCCACGUCUCCUCCCUGAGUCACGGUUCGAAGGAGACGAAGAGAUCGUGUAUCUUCACUGCCAAGCCUCACGACCCUCGUUGACCUGCGACGGUUUGCUCUGUUUCCCCGAACAAGAUUGGAUCAUCGUUUUGAACCCUUCGACCAGUCAGCUCCGAAGAUUCCCUUCCGGCUUGAACCAUAAGUGCAGAUUUGGCUUCGGAUUAUGGACGAGCUUCUCUCCGGAAAACUGGGCGAUGGGGUUCGGUAGAGACAAGGUAACUAGAAGAUUUAAAGUAGUGAGGUUGUGUUUUUCUUAUCUGGAAAUAGGGCAAGAGGAAGCUGUGGUGGAAUGUGGUGUUCUUGAUGUUCAGAGUGGUGUAUGGAGUAAACUGAGUCCUCCACCUUCUUCUUCUCAUGUGGUCAAUCCCGGAAGCAAAUCUGUAUGUGUAAAUGGUUCCAUCUACUGGUUACACAUUGAAGCUGGAGGGCGUCGCAAGUUACUUGCAUUGGAUCUUCAUAAACAAGAGUUCAACAUCAUCCCUUUUCCAGCUACUUCACGGACCACGAAUGAAUCGCUGAUAGUGAACCUUGAGGGGCGUCUAGCAUAUGUCCAUACGAGUAAAUGGCCUGAAUGGAGACUAGAUAUAUGGAGCAUGGAUGAUAAUGCACGAUGGAGCAAGACUUUUUCCAUACGUUUAGAGCUUAGAGUUGUUUCCUGGCGAAGGAGGUAUAGGUGGUUCACGCCAUUGGCGGUUUCUAAGAAAGGGAAUCUUGUCUUCUGUGACAACCAGAAGAGGCUGUUUAAGUAUUAUCCAGGGACAAAUGAGAUUCGUUGUCUCUCCCUGGACACUUGUGUUAUAUCUCCAUACGUGGAGAGUUUGGUCUCACUUCCUUUGAAACCGAGCCAUCCGUAUCCUCGUCCAAGUGUUGAAACAAGGAUGUCUAGAUGCUCCUUGUUUUCCAAGGAGUCUGGCUGUUCUUGGAUAUUCCAAGCUUUGAGACGUAAUGAACAUGGGAUCCUAGAGAUUGUGUUCGCGUCUCUAGUAGUAGCUGGUUAUAUUUGCUCACCUCUUCGAAACUAGGGAUCACUUGUCUUGUGUAUAACUGUGUUUUUAUUAGUUUUGUUUAUCUUCUCUUUCCAGUAACAUUUAAAGUCAAUAUAUAAGUGGAUUUAUAUUCUCUCUGACUUUCCAUGCAAGCACAUACAAGUUUCUACUUGUUUAUGGAUAUUGACUAAGAGCAGUGCCUUAUGUUGUUAUACUACUAUCAAUACUGUAGUUUAGCACACUUUGUUUCUGCA